AAUUAGUGCUGCAGUCGGCAGGACUGACCGUGUGACCACCAGCAGCAGCUUUUGUCCGCUCUGAAGCCCCCCGCACUCUUUUUUUUUCUGUCAGCUUCUCCUUUUCAAACACCGAUGGCCGACGUGAGGAGAGAGGAAGAGGAGCAAGGAGAUGGUGUCCACGGAAGCCUAGCAGAUGCUCUGCGUUGCAGGCGGCCAAAGAUCACCGUCAUCUCAGCUGAAGCUGUGGAUGCUAACAGUUGGUUCUCAGCGUCGUCUGUGCUCUUCCCUUCCUCCCAUCCGGCAAGCUGGUCUGCUGGGAUCCAGGUCCACGCCCAGCCCCCACCGUCCUACGAGCAGGUGAUCAAAGAGAAGACCCAAGAGGAUCACAUCGUCCGGCCCACCGCAGCCCCCCGCUGCUCCUCCAGGACCAGCUCCAAGAACACCCAGGCUGGCCCAGCGAGGAGGAAGCAAUCUGACAGUCAAAAACCCCCAAAACCACCUAGACCAUCCCUCCCUACACCAGUGGUUAAAGAGCGGACUGGUAAAGCUGGUCCAUGGGAUUCAGAACGUGCUGAUGAGUGGACCAGAUCUGUCACUGUGCACUGGGACGGUCCUGCAGAAGCAACACACUUGAGACCGACCCCUGUUCCUCUUCCCCGCACAAAGUCCAGGAAGCACACAGAAGCUACAGAUCAGACUCUGGUCCAACUGGGUGAAGUGGACAAUGAGGUGGUGUCAGGUGCUGAUGCUGAGUCCUCCGGUAGAUAUUUGAAGGAGCUGCUGGAGGUCUUCAGUGAGGAGAACCCAGACGCACCGUCACUGGAGGAACCGGCUCACGGCGAGAUGAAUAGGAACCACAGUCAAGGAAGUAUCCAAGCUCAGAUCCAAGUCUUUGAGAGCCAGACCGGCCCCGAGGACGGGAACCUGGCGGAAUCCACCAAACCUCAACCUCUUCCCAGAAAGACCACCAAGCCACCGGUGUCCUCCAAACCCUCCACGCCUGUGAGGUCGCAGUUCGACCACAAGUCUGAUGAGGACAGUCACGAUGUUGCCAACGAACCCCUGAAUCCGUUAGCGGGACCCAAGCCGAUGCCACCCCAGAAACGGCUGGCCGGCAAGCCCGAGCAUGCAGAAUUAGAGACUUUACUGGCCAAGGGCGGUCCCCCGCACCAAUCACGGCCUGCGGUGCUGACCAGAGCCUACAGCAUCCAUGGUGAGGAGCGUACUUUACCUUUUCCCGUAAGAGCACCUGUGGCUCCAGUGAAGCCUCUCAAGGAACCACUGAAGGCCAACCUCAACAUCAACAACCACAACUCCACCUCCAUCUUGGACCGCCACUACGUGGACAGUCCUUCAGAUCCUACUCCUGUCAAACGGCACGGUGGGGAGCCUUCAUGCAGGCCAGGUGUGACAAGAAGACCAACCACCAUCAGGGUCCCCGGCCAAACAGUGUCAGAGAGCCUCCAGGGUAGUCCUCCUCCGCUUCCUGCCCAGAAUCCCGUCGGCUCCCUAAGUUCUACCAGCCUCCCAAAACAAAAGUCCAUCCCUGUACAGGGAUCUUUAGCACACAAGCCCACGCCAUCGCUGCCACACGGGGUGCAAAGUAUACCCAAAGCACACCCGCCUCCAGCCAAACCCAGACCAGGACGACCCCCGCCGCCCGGCAUCCAAUUGCCGGAGACGCCGCUCAAACCCCCAAGGAGAACACCCAACCUGCCCCCCAGGCCCAUCCCGGGCCACCGUCUCUACAACAAAUACGUCCUGCCGCUGCCUCACGCAAUCACCACCUCCCAGGUCAACACAGGACAGCUCUCCUUCCAGAAGAACCAAGUUGUUCUCCUGCUGGACGAGAUCAACCAGGACACGUUUGAGUGCCAAGUGGGAGACGCCAAAGGUCGCGUCCACAAGUCUCACUUGCGAGUCGUCACACCUCUCGGCCCCGACUCGGACGUGACGCCGUCACAGGAUGCGGCCACAAACGGCAGACCCGGAAACGUUCUGAAGGUUCAAGUCUUGCAUGACUUCACGCCAGAGGGUCCAGGAGAGCUGGCCGUGAAGGCGGGUGACAUCAUCAGCACGGUGGAGAGGGUGGACAGCGAUUGGUACAGAGGAACCUUUCAAGGAUCCACUGGUUUCUUCCCUGUAAACUUUGUCAAAGUGCUGUCGGAGACGGCCAGAUGCGUCCCCGAGAAGAAAGUGAAGGCAUCCUGUGUGAAAGUCAGUGGUCCAAGAUGCGUGGCCAGGUUUGACUUUGAGGGAGCAAACAGCAACGAGCUGACAUUCUCUGAGGGUGACGUGAUCCAGCUGAAGACCUACGUGGGCCAGGAGUGGGCCCAGGGACAGAUGGGCGUCCAUACCGGAAUAUUCCCCCUGAACUUUGUAGAGGUCAUUGAAGAUCUACCCCCGCCUACCACACAACGUGACGGGAUAGCACUGCCUUGUGAGACUUGGGCCCCAGCGGAGUGGGUGGUGGCCUUGUACGCCUUUGAUGCCAAGACCCCGGAGGAGCUGUCGUUCAAGCAAGGUGACCGCAUCCUGGUUCGCGAGCACUUCGAUGCCGAGUGGAGCCGCGGGACGCUGGAUGGCAGAGAAGGAAUCUUUCCUAAAGCCUUUGUGCAAACACACGCUGGUCCGAACAUGCUUGGUCAGCAUUCAGAAGGUUCUGGUGGAGUGAAGGGCCGGGCCAUGUAUGACUUCACAUCAGACUGUGACGAGGAGCUCUCAAUGAAGGCUGGAGAUGUUAUCAGCAAGCUGGAGACUUUUGAUGAUGAAUGGUUCCUUGGUGACUUGCGGGGGAAACGAGCCCUGGUACCCAAGAACUAUGUACAAGUCAUGUGAUAUGCAAUAAAGUGUAUCCAGUGACUACAUGAUGUUUAUUGUACAAGUCAUGUGAUGUGCAGUAUUUCAGUGCACUACGUAUUUCCUUUGCUAGUUGUUGAAUAAAAACGGCCAACUAA